UGCUGCAGUUGUUGCUGCUUUGAGAUUUUUGAGUGCGAGUCCAGACAUGGCCAAAAAGGAACAAGAAAAUGUGACAGCAUCGCCAGUCGUACCGAUGGGCUACCGCCAGCUGGGCACACAGGUCGCAGGCCACACAUUCGAGGCAACAAAUUCCACUGCCGUCGGACUGCUCCAAGCGGCUGGCGAAGGCCGCGUUUUCAAGCCGCUGGGCAAACCGGAGUGCGGUGUGCGUGAAUUGAACUUCUAUGAGUCACUAGCGGCGGCGACGGCAGCUGUGGCGACGGUGUCAAUUGCGUCGUCACCAGCGGGUGCAACGCCCCCCAUCAUCACUGGCAAUAACCUCAACGGCGCUGGCGACGGUGGGACAGGUGAAGCGGACUCGGGUGUGUUGGCCGCUCUCGCGGCGUACGUUCCUCGCUACUACGGCCCGGUGAAACUGGUUGUAAAUCAGCGUGAGCACACGUUCAUCAACCUGGAGGAUCUGACUCACGGCAUGGCCAAGCCAUGCGUCAUGGACGUGAAGAUCGGACGGCGCACCUGGGAUCCGUUGUCAUCGCCACACAAGCGCACCAUUGAAGAACAAAAGUAUGUGAUUUGUAAGCAGAAUCUGGGCUUGUGUCUGCCCGGCUUCCAGGUCUAUCGACGCGACAAGCAUCAGCCGGAGGAGACUACACUCAUUCGGCAUGGUCGGGACUUUGGCAAAAGUCUGAAUAUUGAGGGAUUCCACAAGGCAUUGGCACUGUUUUUCAACACGGACAGCAAGCCCCACUGCGAUGUGCUGCUGCACGAGGUGCUCCGCCAGCUGCGUGGCAUCCGCUCCUGGUUCAAGCGACAACGGCUGCUCCACUUCUACGCCAGCUCCCUGCUCAUCUGCUAUGACUUUGAGCAGCUACAAAGUUUGGCGACUAAGCCGCUGCUUAAUGGCUACCAUCAGGCUGCUGCGGAUCCUGUCCUGCCCACCACUGCAGCAAGUCAAUGGGUACGUGUGCGUUGCAUUGACUUUGCGCACAUCUUUCCGGCUGAGGACGCGCAACCGGAUCAUAAUUAUAUGUUCGGACUGCAGAGCCUCAUCGAUAUUGUCGAGUCCAUGCUGCGACGAUAGCAGGCAACCGGGAACACUUCUCCAAAUGAUAAUCCAACACACACAUACACACACAUAAGCACACAUACUUGUAUUAAUGCCUAAGCCAAAAGAUUAGUUCACAGCAGAGCUGUAAUUACUUAGAAUGAAAAGAAAUUCACAAUUUCCACUAUAUCAAUUACUCAGUAAUUAAACAUAAUUACUCGAAGUAAUUGUCAAAUUGCUGGCAAUUAAUUAAUAUCUUUUUAUAUAAAAAUUCAAUCUUUCGGUAAUUUUUGUACAAUUACCACUGCAAUUGAUAAGAAGUUAUGCCAAAAUUGAAUACCACUACUAAAGUAUUUAUGAAAAAACAAAUUAAUCGCAAGAUAAAAAAGACAAUAUCCUAUAUCAAUUAUUUGGUAAUAAAACUU